UGCCGCAGCUAGGUUAGGUGCAGGGACAGAUCCAGGAUUUUCAAACAGUGGUGGCUGGUACCAUGGGGUUGUAGAAUCAAUUGGGCAAUUGGCUCUCCAACAAGGGGUCGCUAGCCUGCCCAAUCCCCCCCUCCAAUUUGCCCCUGUGGGUGCUUUCACUUCCCAUGUCUAGGAUUAUAGUAUUUGCACUAGACUUUAGUGGAACAGCCUGAAGGGCAGCCUGCGAACAUAGACGUAUUUCUGGCUGUCACUUGGAUCCGCCAAAAAUAUUUAUUUACUUUUUCGAUAUAAUACUUUAAUUUUCAGCAGAAGCAAGUUACAGCUGGAAAUAUGUCUGUGUUCACAGCCUACCUGAAGGGGUAGAACAGAUGCUGGGAUUUGUCUGUUUUUUCACUGAGAAAAUAUAAUUUGUUUCUCUGGGACUGGAAAUCACAAACAAAAGAAAUGUGAAUAUGGGAUUUAGGCCAAAAACAGGCCUGAAAUGGAAUCUGUACAAAAUUUGAAAUUCUUCCAGCCCUCCUUUAGGACCCUCUUAGUGGUCAAUUUUGUGAUGUGUUUUCACUCACAUCAUGAUUCUGGGGAGGAGCGUUGCAUGAUGACACUAAAAACGGCUACAAGGGAGACUAGAUUCGGGUAUAUCAUAUAAGGGAAAUUCCGGGCAGCAUCUUACCUUCCAAUAAAAUAUUGCUUUUCUGACUUGAUUCCAAUCCACAUUUUUGCGAGGCUCAAAGACCAAAAAGAACUUUUGAGUCUCCUUCUCCGAUUCCAAGAGUUCAUUCCAGUCUUUAUUUUUAAGUUCCAUCGCGCGCGACUGUGACCUGGGCACUAACCUUGCUCAGUUUUCGCGCUUUCAAGGAAAAUUUUCAUGAGGAAAAUUGAAGCAUUUGGCAUCGGAAGUUGAAUAGUGAUUGUUUGCCUUGAGGCUCGAACAACAGAAACGAAAACAAGCUCAACAAACUGGAUGCUACGUCGAUAAAUACAACGAGAAUUCUUUGUUUUGUUUACAAGAAUUAAGUUUCGUUGUUCUCGCUCGCUCGUUCGCCAUGUGUGGGCAAGCUCGAUCCGUCAUCGCUGAAAACAAACGAUCGAAUUGAGAAGUGCACAAGCGAUAAGAUUUCUUGUAAAUGGAUCUGGAGGAUCUAUCAAACUUUUGGGCAAGAUUUCAGAUAGCUUUCUCCUGGGAUUACCCUGAAGGAUUGGAUGUACAAGCUGUACAAUCAGCCGUAUUCCAUGUCGUCGGCGAUGGUGAAACAAGAGCCCAAGAUCAGCUUGUUGUUGGUUGUGUUCAGUCGGCAGGAGCGGGUGUGAUUCUCACACGGCCAAAACCACACAGUGAUGUGGUGCCGUGUGAAAUGAGUUUCACAGCGCAUCCUAUGGCGCAAGAGUUCUACAUCAAGAACAUUGUUAUUGUCUCCGAAGCAAGGAAUGUUGAGCUUUAUAUUGAUGAUAAUUACGAAAAAACAGCAAGGGGAAUUAUGCUCACUAUCAGGAAAGGAAGAAAAGUAUCAUUGUUUGAGACUGAGUUUGACCUGACUGAGUUCAUCCAUGGAACAUGCCGUUGCUUGGUGAAGUUCCUAUCAUACCCUGAAGAGCAGUCCAUGAGACUUCAGACAAUUGUUGUGAGAGUUGCUAGACUAACUGCACCUGCUACAUCUGGGAUUCCAUUACAGGGUUUAAUACCAGGCCAAGUGGAUAUAGCAAAUGUGAGAAGCUAUUUAGAUAGUUUGGGCAAACAACUCUCCCCAGAGGCUCAGCAGCUCCUGGAAGCCAUGGAAAGCAAGCAAGUGAGUCAAAGCAGUCGUGCUGUAGAUCGUGCCAGGUCCCUCAGUGUAGGCAGUGGACCACGGCCUGAAAAUCUUGGCGCUGCUAGUUUAUCGGGAAGUGAAACAAGUAUCUUAUCGCAAGCGAUGGCACGAGCCAAACAACUAGACGAAGAGGAGAAAGCGGAAAGAAUGGGAAGAGAUUUGCCAGGCAGUCCGGAAAGCGAUGAAGGUUUUAUUAACAUGCUAGCAGGCCUCAUGGUAGACAAGAAAGCAGAACCAGCUAACAGCCCUGGCUCACUGCCGGCGGAAAAUGGCGAAACAGACAUACCAGAAUCACCCACGCUCGCCAAGCACCGCUGGGAAACAUACCUACAGUCACGUGUCCGUGCGAGUCGCAACAUGGUGCGGAAAUCUAGACCAGUGUCCCUCGGGAGCGCGUUUCCAGUGCCAACGCAGGCUCAGCUUAACCCGCGGGCUCAGUCGUUCUGUUUAGAGGACAGACGUGCUGUUGAACGAGUGAUGGCUGAGCAGGCGCCCGCGCCAUUGGAAAAGGUAGAGUCUGAUGGAUCAGAACCUGGAAAUAAAGCUAGGUGCACUGAAUGUGGAUGUCCCGGAUGUCUAUCAGUGUACAACUCCAUCACCACAAACAUCUACGCCGCGGAGAAAAGGAUCAUGGGGAGAGUAGACGCUAAGCUCCAGACCUUACUCGAGCACAUGGACUCGAGGUUCGACGCCCUCUUCGACAGUUUACUCAUCAGACAAGAGCAGCUGUUUGCACACAGCUUACAAGGCGCAAAUAACAGUUUUCCCGGCACUAGAAAGUUCUCACAACGCAACGGGCACAGACCAGGUGAUACGUCCGUUUAGGAUGCUUUGCUUAAAGAUGCUUCGCUCAAGGUGCUUCGCGAGUCAAGUGUUUCAGAAAGCGGCGCGUAUGCCGGGGUGUGGAGCUGCUCCAGUUGGCGGUUUAGAUGGUUAAUUAGGAUCAGUAAUGUUGUGAUUGAUCAAUUGGAUAAGUGAUCAUAAACUGUGCAUGUUACCGACAUUGCGAAAUGAAAACCCUUAAAAAAAAAAAAAACGAACGCAGUUAUUUUCGAGGCAAGAACCUGACUGCUAAUCAAUACAAUUUUUGCUCCUGCUGCUAAUAGGAACCACUAAGUAUACCAAGUCGUGGUACGUCAGGGCGAGAUCUCAGGUGAAUCUGGUAGAGCCAUGUUUCUCAUUUUUGCUCGACUGCGUUUCCCAGAAUAUUUUUCGUACACAUGGCGAGACCAGACCAGACUGAUAUGUCGCUGAAGCGUACCAAACUUGGACGAUUAGAUGUUCAUCUUACCCAUAUUUGGUGAAAUUUCCUUACGUCAACGAGAUGUGUCAAGCUUGGCUUGUUGUUGUUAACAUCAUUUUGUACUCGUCAUUUCAGUUAAAAUAGUAAAUAGAGCUAUCACUCCAGUCAUAUUGAGUGAUUACCAAUUUGGGUAUGGCGAAAAAACCAUGAACAACUAAGGCAAACCGUAUAUUAUACUCUCAGCCUGUUUACAAAAGCAAUAAAAUUUGUUGUAAUCCUUUUCUCUGCCGAAAUCAAGGCUCCCAUAGUUAUCGUUUGGAAACUCUUGUUUGAAACUUUUGCCCGAGACCUCCUUGGUUUUAGAUUCGGGUAAUUUAUGCUCAUUUAAUCAUAUAUGAUGUCAUUUUAUAUCGUUCGUAUUCGAGGCCAAAAAGGGUUGACCCAGCUUGACUUUAUUUCUAGGUUUUGAUAAUAACCUGUUAUAAGGCUGAUACUUAAAAAUGUAUUUUAUUAGAAGCUGUUUACAAUAACGGCAGGAUUGAAUAUUUAAACAGUAAGUAUAUUAAUGAUAAUUGUAAGGCAUAAUUAUUUGCUAAAACUUAUUAGGGUUGGUAUUUAAUUUCAAUUCAUGUAAAUAACUUAAUGUAACCUUAAACAAUUAAUAUUCACAUCGAUAUGUUCGUUUUAGGAUAUGCUCAUUCUCAGUUGUUGUUUGCAAACAGUUCUGGUUGUAAACAUUGCCACUUAAACUAUUUGCAUAAGAGAGCUUAUUUUGCGAUUUGUUAUUUUCCAAGUUUUUUUCCCGCGCGUUUUGAAUACUUUAUAUGAUAAAUUAUGGGAACUAGCUACUGUUUUAAUUAUGGUUAUACAACGCUUUUGCUGAUUAGAUAUCAAACUCAACACGGUUGUGACGUCAUGUCACUCAUAUCGCGCCCAAAAAUUUGUUAGUGAAACAGAAAACAUGUGAUCACAUGGCUUGAUGUGGGCUCGAUUUUCAGCCGUGAUGCGGUUUUGUAAGAAGAAUAUAUGACAACCAGUCACCCAAAGCGGCUGGAAAACGAGCUUAAACCUGAUGCGAGCGAGGAACUCGUAAAUAUUGAUCUAAAUCCUCGUCUAUAGUUCGGUUCACACGGCAAUUUUAUUUUCCAAAACGCAUUCGAGCAUUGGCAUCAGGUGUAAACAGGCUUGUUUUGUAAUUGCUGCGAUGCGUUUUUAGUAAACUAAUUACAUGUAACUAUAUUUUGGAAAAAUGUGUAUUUUGAUGUAGUAAAUAUAAUUUGUAAUUGCAACUUGUGCUCAAGGGAAUGGUUAUUUUUAGAACUGUAUUAAAACUUGAUUCACAAUUAA